AUGGCGGUGCGCGCCCUCUACUUGCUGGUAUCUGCGCUGUUGGUUGUUGCGGCGAAGACGAGUAUUAUCAGACGGGACGCGUGGAGCCCACCCAGAGAGGGGAGUGAUCGAAUCACCGGCGGCCAGCCGGCCGGGGUGGGCCAGUUCCCGUACCAGGCCCUCAUCGUCCCAGACGACGUCGAGAUGUGGGGCGGCUCGCUCAUCACCAGGAAGGCGGUCCUCACCUCCUCGGGGUGCACCAUCGGGCGCCAGAAAUUCGUCGUCCGCCUGGGAGGCAUCCAUAGGACUGAGACGGAGAGCACCGCCUGGAUCGUGGAGUCCAGCUGGGCCCUGACGCACCCGGACUUCAGCAUGUUCGCCUACUACAGCCCGAGGAAGCUCCUCUGA